ACACUAAUGCCUAGCCUCUUCCUAUGUUUGUCAACAGUUACCACUUCCACAAAGUAAUAAACCCUGCCUAUUUCUAUAAUUUAUCUUCUUAAAAUGUGAUGUUAAACCAAACCAUAACCACACUGUUAACUCUAAUUGUUGUUUUCAUAGAUUUUAACGAUACAGCUAAUUUUGAGGCAGUGGUAACCUUCCUUUCAGCAAACCCCACAUUUCCCAUCAGCCACCACAAUAUUCACAGGCGCUCCAUUGAAGGUAUUUCUCAUUUUGUACUAAGGACUAACCACUCAGUUAAACGUUAGAUUAAAAGCUUCGCAAUGUCCGAGCUUUUUAUGGAAUGUGAGGAAGAGGAGCUGGAGCCAUGGCAGAGACAGACACCCGAAGUUAAUUUGUUGGGCGACGGUAAACAUGAUGACGACGACGACGAACCUAUAUUUGUUGGGGAGCUUAGUACUUCAAAGGACACCAUUAUUAACACCAGACCAACAAACAACCAAAGAAAUGUGAAGACCACCCCAGUUCAAAGUGGUGGAGUUGGAAGACCAAGAGCCCCUAGGAUGAUAAUGACACACAACUCCCCCCAAGCUCAUCUCACUCAGGGUCCAGUUCCCCACAACAUCAUAAUUCCUGGGAAAGGGUUGAACAAUGCACCUCGAUCCUUAACAGCAGUACCACCACAGCCCAUCAUUAUCAACAACCAGGGUUACAUUAUGACCACACCACAGUUAUCGGCCAACUCAGCUUUCCUUGCCUCCCUUGGGAAACAGUAUCCCCCUGGGACAUCUUUCACUGUGGUUCCAGCAGGCCAGCAGCACAUUCUGCAGCAGAUGACUCCAGCAGCAGGCCAGCAGCACAUUCUGCAGCAGGUGACUCCAGGAAAGCUUUUACCUGGGGUUAUCCACAGGCCUCAAGUGCACAUGAUCCACAACAACGUAGUGACCUUGUCCAAUGUGCAGGGUCCCGCUGCAUUGUCUUCCCAGCCCAUCCGCUCAAAUUCUACCAACCUCCAGAUUGUGUCCCCAGUUAUUCAAGCCAAAGGCAACAGCUGGGACUAUGGCAAACGAGGUUUACCUCAAGACCAAAACAGCACAGCUAAAAAAGCAAAGCAGGGCAUAGGGUCUCCCCACGCCCAGGAGAUAUUAGAAAAUGGAGCACGUUUUUGUAAAAAAUGUCCAAAGUGUAAAUUUGAUUUCUACCAACAAGCUGUCAUGAAAGACCACAUGGUGAAAUGUUGUCCUCACCUGUUGGAGUGUGUCUUCCCCUCAACCCCAAAGUCUACUUACCUUUUUGCAAGCAAGCGCAUCAUGCUUGUCACAGACUUCUACUAUGGUAGAUUUGAGGGAGACAAACCAAAAUCGCAGCAGCAUAAGACCCCAUUUACCUAUAAGUGCCAGAGCUGUUUGAAAGUACUCAAGAACAACGUCAGGUUCAUGAACCACAUGAAGCACCAUCUAGAGCUGGAGAAGCAGAACAGUGAGAGCUGGGAAAGCCACACUACCUGCCAACACUGCUACCGGCAGUACUCAACCCCAUUCCAGCUGCAGUGCCACGUUGAGAGUGCCCACAGCAUGGUCGAAUCUUCAACCAAUUGCAAGAUAUGUGAAUUAGCCUUCGAGUCUGAGCAAGUGCUCCUGGAACACAUGAAGGACAACCACAAGCCUGGCGAGAUGCCCUAUGUCUGCCAGGUGUGCAACUACCGGUCUUCAUUCUUUACCGAUGUGGACACACACUUCCGUACGGUGCAUGAAAACACAAAGGAUCUCCUUUGUCCAUUCUGCCUUAAAGUUCUUAAAAGUGGUCAUGUCUACAUGCAGCACUAUAUGAAGCAUCAGAAAAAAGGAAUUAAUCGUUGCGGGAAAUGCAGGCUGAAUUUCCUCACCUACAAGGAGAGAGUGGAUCACAAGACUCAGCACCAUAAGACUUUCCAAAAACCCAAAGCUCUCGAGGGCCUUCCUCCUGGAACCAAGGUGACUAUCCGGGCCUCUCUGACCGGGCCUUCUCCCAGUUCCACCCAUGCUGCUGAAAAAUACAGUGUCAGUGUCAUACCAGAGGUCUCAGGCAUGAAGGUAGCCAAAGUAAAAGCUCAGAGUAGUACAUCUACCACACAGGGCAGCAGUGGGGGUAAAGGCAAGGCCACAGUGAGCAAGAAGCUCCUUAAGCAGCAGAAGAACAACCAUGUGUUGCAGAGUCUCAGUAUUGGCGAAAGAAGACACACCUGCAUUGAGUGCUACUCUGAGAUUUAUGACUUCUAUAGUCACUAUCCCAUGGUUGCAAUUUGUGGUGCAUGCAAGUAUCGGACAAGUUGCAAAACUUCAUUUGGAAACCAUAUGAUAAGGUUCCAUAGUGCAAUCUCAAAAGAGAGAUUCCGGAAAAUGAGGAAAAUCCCAGUUGUCCUAAGGAAUUUAACCCUUGUCUGUCUGAACUGUGACUUCCUGGCGGAUGCGCAUGGAACUGACCUCAUGAGCAAGCAUUUGAUUGACAGACCACACCACGUCUGUAAGGUCAUUCUAGAGAAAGGAGAAGGUGCUGUAGAUGACGGCAUUAGAGGAAAUAAGCAAGGGAUGUCUGCUCUGAUGUUCCCUGAUAUCCAGAAUGCUGAAACUGCCACAGUGAGUGGCGCUUUUGAACAAUUGCACAGCAUUCCCAGAUUGGAGGAGACCUCCAAUGUCUUGUGUAUCACCCCAGCUGCUGAAAGAGGGGAUGGGCCAGAGGUAAUGCAUGUUCAGACCCAAGAGUCAGGAAGAGGUGAUGUUAUUCUACUAGACAACGAUGAUGCAGCAGUUAACCAGCUAGGAGUGGCAGAAGUGCAAGGGCUUCCACAGAUCUCUACAGUAGAUCAGAUCCAGGGAGUCACACAGGCUACAGAGCUAGAAACACCCAUGGAAAGUUCAGUCGAGGCAGACCAGUCUUUGCAGUCAGGGCCCAUGGUAAGUGAAACACUCAUGGAAAGCUCAGUUGAGGAGGAGCUGAGGGAGGAGUGGGCUUUGCAGUCAGCUACCAGGUCCCCCUCUAGUUCUUUGGCCUGUGAGUUAGAGGGGGACGUGGCGUGUUUGCAUGAGUCAUUAAGCAAACCGGAAUCUGUGAGCUUUGACGACAGUAAGAAGGUCAGCGCUUCCCUGGAGACCAUCCCCUUAAAUGUAGACCAAGAGGUGAACAAUAUCGUGGAAGCAAAGGACAACUCCUCGUCCUCUCAAAGUCCAGCUGAAGUCAGGGCAGAGAACAAAGACAUUCUCUCCAGUCCUGAAACACUGAAGGAAUCAGCAACCUCGGAGUAGAGAAAAGUGGACCGGAUGUAUUUUUAAGACUGCAUACUAUUGAAAUGUAUUUCUCUUCCCCAUUUUCUUAGUUUACUGUCCUUGACCAGAUGGAGAUAAGCUGAGAUGUGCUAUGUGUUUAUUAGAUUUGACAUUUGGAAAAACAUGUAUCAUUUUUUUCUAACAGCAGUGCAAGAUUUUACUUCUGUCAAACUUUCAAUUUGGUUGUAAGCUUUCAAUGAAAGUGAAAAUGGUACACAAUGUGAAUAAUUUGACUUUCUGUAGUGUCUCAAAAUACAAAAUCUGAAUGUUUAUGCUUUCCUUGAUCUAUGAACUUGUACUCAAGUGUGAAAAAUCCUGGAAAUAUCUUCUUGACUAUUCUUCCACUAGUAGAUAUAGGCCUUUUGUGUUUAUUUUGGAUACCUCUACUUCCAUUGACAUUUCAUUUUCAUUUCAUGUAUUUUUAAUAUACUAAACGCAGCAAAAAAAGGCGUCCUCACUGUCAACUGCGUUUAUUUUCAGCAAACUUAACGUGUAAAUAUUUGAAUGAGCAUAAGAUUCAACAACUGAGACAUAAACUGAAAAAGUUCCACAGACAUGUGACUAGCAGAAAUUGAAUGUGUCCCUGAACAAAGGGAGGGGGGUCAAAAUCAAACGUAAGUCGGUGUCUGGUGUGGCCACCAGCUGCAUUAAGUACUGCAGUGCAUCUCUUCAUGGACUGCACCAGAUUUGCCAGUUCUUGCUGUGAGCUGUUACUCCAUUCUUCCACUGAGGCACCUGCAACUUCCCAGACAUUUAUUGGGGGAAUGGCCCUAGCCCUCACCCUCCGAUCAAACAGGUCCCAGACGUACGCAAUGGGAUUGAGAUCCUGGCUCUUCGCUGGCCAUGGCAGAACACUGACAUUCCUGACUUGCAGGAAAUCACACAUGGAACGAGCAGUAUGGAUGGUGGCAUUGUCAUGCUGGAGGGUCAUGUCAGGAUGAGCCUGCAGGAAGGGUACCACAUGUAACACACAGCAUUGAGAUUGCCUGCAAUGACAAGCUCAGUCCGAUAUGCUGUGACACACCACCCCAGACCAUGACAGACCCUCCACAUGCAAAUUGAUCCCGCUCAAGAGUACAGGCCUCAGUGUAACGCUCAUUCCUUCAACGAUAAACGCGAAUCCGACUAUCACCCCUGGUGAGACAAAACCGCGACUCGUCAGUGAAGUGCACUUUUUGCCAGUCCUGUCUGGUCCGUUGAUGGUGGGUUUGUGCCCAUAGGCAACGUUGUUGCCGGUGAUGUCUGGUGAGGACCUGCCUUACGACAGGCCUACAACCCCUCAGUCCAGCCUCUCUCAGCCUAUUGCGGCCUGUCUGAGCACUGAGGGAGGGAUUGUGCGCUCCUGGUGUAACUCGGGCAGUUUCCAUCCUGUACCUGUCCCGCAGGUGUGAUGUUCGGUUGUACCGAUCCUAUGCAGGUGUUGUUACACGUGGUCUGCCACUGUGAGGACGGUCAGCUGUCCGUCCUGUCUCUCUGUCUCCGGUGUCUCACAGUACAGACAUAGCAAUUUAUUGCCCUGGCCACAGCUGCAGUCUUCAUGCCUCCUUGCAGCAUGCCUAAGUCACGUUCACACAGAUGAGCAGGGACCCUGGGCAUCUUUCUUUUGGUGUUUUUCAGUCGGUAGAAAGGCCUCUUUAGUAUCCUAAAUUUUCAUUACUGUGACCUUAAUUGCCUACCGUCUGUAAGCUGUUUCUUAACAACCGUUCCAAAGGUGCAUGUUCAUUAAUUGUUUAUGGUUCAUUGAACAAGCAUGGGAAACAGUGUUUAAACCCUUUACAAUGAAGAUCUGUGAAGUUAUUUGGAUUUUUACAAAUUAUCUUUGAAAGACAGGGUCCUGAAAAAGGGAUGUUUCUUUUUUUGCUGAGUUUUAUAAUCCAUCACUUUCCCUUUGAUUGUCUGUAGUUUGAGAGCAAUCCAAUGGAUUUGAAUCAUUUGAGGGAGUUUGAUUCAAAUGAACCGUGGUACACCGGUCUAUGGCCCGUCACAGGCAAAAGCAGUGAGGGGGAGGAGCGCACUUCUCAAAUCGAACAGUAGUCCAUGCCGCUCGGUCACGUUGUCAACUGGCAGCAUGGUGUAUCAUCCAGAAACACUUCCAUAAAAUGUUUGAAUUUUCAAACUACUUUGCAUUGGGAAGGCAGAUAGUGUUUUGAUCAAAAGCAGUCACCUUUUUCACUUGAAACCAGUAUCCUACUCAGUACUCCACGUGCUUAACCUAUGUCAUUUUUGUUUUGAGACAAUUUUGCCAUCAGCCAGAGCGGGGCACCUGGCUUGAAAAAGAAUGCAAUCACUUUUCACCAGUGCAAAUUCCUCCCACCGUGUGCAACUGGGCCAGGUAAUCUAAUCCCCUCAGUGUUUCCAUUGCAGUCGUGCUAACAUGUAAAUAAACUUUGGUAAUACAUUA